GCAGGCAUUCCGCUCUCGGCGAGCGCGCCGCGUGCUGCUGCUGCUGCUGCUGCUGCUGCAGUCUGUCCGGUGCAGCGCCUCUCGUUUCCUUUUUCUUUUUUCAACUCUCGCUAGCUCCCGCUAGAUUUAACGGGUCGCCAUCCGCGGCCUAGGCGGCCUCUCUUUUUUUUCGGAGGCCUUCUCCUCCAAGUGCGACUGCUGCCUCGGAGUGUGCGUAUAUAGUGACACGCGCGUCGACAAUUAUUAAGCAAAAAGAAGCCACAGUCGACGGCCUUACGUCGUCGCCGAUAAGCUCACGGCUCGGCUCACGGCGACCGUCGCACACUUUCGUGUGCGCGCGAGUGAUUCACCUAUUCUCCUCUCGAUUGGCUCAAUUGAAGGUCCGAGGCGAACGCAGCUCGACGCGUGCGGAGUGCGACACGAUCUCUCUUACGUAAAAGUGACUCCCGAAGCGAAUCCCCAGCUGCACGUGUGCGAGAAUGGAUGCCCGCAGUCUCGAGCGAGGAAACUGAAAGACGCGCAGCGAGCGAGAACAGGUGCGUGAUCAAAAGCACGAAACAACUCUCGCAGCCAUCGACUUUCGAGCGUCUCUGUCGCAAUCGUUCACACUCUCCUUACGUGUAUGAGUAAGUUGCUGAAACUACACAGCUGAAUGGCGGAGGCUGAAAACGAAGAAGCAUCAUCGACGUAGCUGAAACAACAUCGUCAGCAAUGAACGACACUCGACGCAGUUCGAUCCUCGUCUCGGGCAACUCCACCUGGUACGACGUGCCAGCCCCGGUGAUCGUUCACAGUCGCUCGUUCAGCAUCGAGAAGUACGACGAGUACGGCGGCGGCGGCGGCGGCGGCGGCGACGUCGGCUGCGGCGGUGACGACGACGACGACGACGACGGCGGUGCCAACAACGAGAAUCCCAGCGACGAGGACAACGAGCGCGUCGAGGAGAUAAUCCUGAGCAAUCGGUCGAGCAGCAGCAAGUGCGUGAGCGAGGCAGUGGUGGAAGUGCUGUAUCAGAAUCAAGUGGAGGCGAAGCUGAACAGCCUGAACGCCCAGCAAUGCUCGUGCGGCCAGGAGGCAGCGGCGGCGCAGCCGCGGAAGAGGUACAGCACGAGCAUCGAGCUAACGGCCGCCACGACCCUGAGCAGCGACUCGGACGGCGUGCCCGUCAUCACCUUCAGCUUCGUGCGAGCUGAUCAGCAGCCAGUGGACCAGGUCGACGCGGCGCUGUACGACGUCCCGCGCGCGCCGCUGCCCGCGAUCGAGGCGAUCGAGCCGCCGACCGAGUCGCCGUCCGAGUCGCAUCAGCUGUACGAGGUGGUCGGCGCCAGCGAGGCCGGCUCGUCCUCCGCCUCCGAGAGGAGGCUCGGCGGCUUCAAGGCCCGGCGCAGCAGCUCGAGCAAGUCGCUCAAGUGGCGGCGCAGCCUCGGCAAGCUCGAGGACCUGGUGCGCCCGUCGCACGCGGGCUCGCACUCGGACUCGGAGGCCCCGGACGGCUCGGCCGCGCGCAGGCGCAAGCUCGGCAAGGCCUGGGGCAGGAUGCGCACCUGGCUGAGCGAGGAGCGCAGUAAGCUGAGCGGGGUGGUGGCCAGGCACGCCAGGCUGCAGGCCGUCGGCGCGCGACUGGACGACGUCGCCGAGGAGUCGGCCGCGCAGGCCUACAACGGGGGAGCGCAGUCGGGCUCGUACGACCUGACCAAGGCGCGGCUGGGCAGCGCGCGGCAGGCUUCCUGCUUGCCCAGAGUCGAGGAGUUCGGGCUGGAGCAGGUGGCCGGCGAGGAGGCUCGCGUUACCGCCAAACUUCACCUCAGCAUCAAGAAGACCGCCAGCUCGGAUGACAUUCUUGGCGAGAGGCGGCAGCCGCGCGCCCUCCUGCCUGCCGCCACUUCCUUUAGCCUCGAGAGGCUGUGCUCCGACGACGGGGCCGCUCUCGAGCUCAGUGGCGGUGACUCCGCCGCUGCCAAGAAGCUGCAGACGAGGAGAUAUGCCAAGGGUGGACUGAUCAAGAAGAGGAUGCUCGGCUCGAUUAGGGGGCUCAUUGCUAAUGCUCAUUUGCUUCACGACCAAGACGAUGAGAGUGGACCUGGAGGUUUCGAAGAGGUGCGGAAAUACGUGAAACAAGGUGGUGAUUUCUGCAAGGAGCUCGCGGCUAUUCUACACGAAAGGGCCGAACUGGAAGCAACUUAUGCCAAAGGACUUAGUAAAUUAAGCGCGAAAUUGACGAAAGCUUGCGCAAAAGACCAAGGUGGCAACGGCAGCGGCGGCGUGAGCGAGGCAUGGCGCUGCGUCGGCGAGGAGAUGGAGACUGCAGCGGAGGCGCAUCGCGCCUGGGGAGGCGCCCUCGGCGAGCAGCUCGCCAAGCCGCUCAGAGUGGGCGUAGCCGAGGUGCAGGGCCGCACUCGCAAGUCCAUCGAGAACUCGGUGGACAAGGCGUCCAAGUCGCUGCAGGAAUGGCGCACCGUGGCAGCGAAGACGAAGAAGCAGAGCUUCGCGUGCGCCCGCGAGAACGAGCGUCUGCAGGAUCUGGCGAGGCUGCAGUCGCUCAGCCAGUCGCACCAUCAGCAGCAGCACCAGCACCAGAACAACAAGCUGGCGAGCAACGGGCAUCACCACGUCAGCGAGAAGGAGGCGACGAAGCUCGAGUCUCGGCGCCGCAAGGCGGAGGAGGCAGCCAGGCGCGCCGACAAUGAGUUUUACACGGUGACCGUGAGGGCCGAGCGCGCGCGCCUCGAGUACGAGUGCACCGUGAGGAAGGCCGCCAAGCAGAUGGAAUUGCUCGAGGAAGAGAGGCUCAGCGCCUUGAAGGACUUCGCCAAUGUCUACCUGGCGCACCUACAGGCUCUCGCGCCGAAACUUCAACAGCAGAGCGUGGACAGGCUAUCGCAACCCAUCCGCAGCUGCAGCGUAUCGCAAGACGUGGAAAUCCUGAAGAAUCUGAUCCGACGAAUAGACAGUGGCGACACGUCGAGCACCGAGCAGCUGCUACCCGACUUCUACGCCGAGCACGUCACACUGGCAAUGAAUCGCGAGAGACGUAAGCAGGCACUCGUGCGCGUCUUGCACCUCAUCAGGCAGGAUCUCGAACGCGAGAGGCGAGGUCGCGAGGGAUUGGAGACUUUGCAUCGAGCUUUCAUCAAGACCCCAGCCUUCGCCGCCGACGAGAGCACGCAAAAUGUCACCGACAAGCUGCUUCACAUGCGUUCGAUGCUAACGUAUCUGGAAGCCGCGAGGUACAAAGUGAGCGGCGCACUCUCGGAGCUGGAAGGCGGUAAAAAGAGCAAACACCCUCUCGCCGAACACAUCCUGGUCUCGCGAGACAAGCAAGGACUGCAACAAAGUGUUCUCAAGGUCCCGUCGUGGGUAAAGAACGAGUCGUUCGAGUACCAGGACACGUCGGACGGCGAACUGGAAGUGCUUCACUUGUCCAAGUCCAACGAGGCUGAGCAUCAACGUGACUGGGCCGACCGGACAGCCGGCGACGGCAAUUCCGAGAAUCAGCCCGACGAGGAAGACUUCAGUGACUUUGACGAGUUCAGCAGCAACUCCGAAGACAAUAACAAUCAGGACUGCAUCGAUGCCACUGAAGUGAGCAGCGGCAAAACCGACGAUGGCUUGGAGAAGUGUCGGGCCAUUUAUCAGUAUUCGGCAAACCUCAACGAUGAGCUUAGCCUCAGUCCUGGCGAUCUUAUCACGGUGCACGAGAAGCAAGCCGAUGGAUGGUGGAUCGGCGAGUGUAGAGGUCGCACCGGCAUCUUUCCCGCUACUUACGUCCAAGUCAUUAAUUAGAUUAUC